UGGAAGUUUAUAGAAUCCCGGAGGUGUCUGAGGCUGUGCGCUGCGGUACUGUCACUUAUAGUAAUGCUGUGUUGACACUUGUGAGCUGCGGGCCCGUGGUGCUCACAUUGUGGUGCUGCACGUCUCAACACCAACACACUCUGAGCAAGGUUGUGUGAUCACCUUUGGUCUCUUGGCAUGGAAAAGCCUCAGAUAUUAGUGUACGCGGAGAAGAGCCUAAACUACAGUGCCUUCGACGUGAAAUGGGUGCCGAGGUCCGCUAAGGUGGUGGCCCUGGGAAGUCACCCACGAGGGACUGGGGCGCUGCAGGUGUACGAGCUGAAUGAUGGCAAACUGGAGCUGGUACAUGAUGUGGAGCGGUCCAAGGCUCUCAAGUGUGGAACAUUUGGUGCGUCCACCCUGGAGGAGCGACAUCUUUGUGCGGGAGACUUUGAUGGCAAGAUGGAAAUCACGGACCUGCAGAAUCCAUCAUUGCCAAUAUACUCUGUCCAGGCACACAGUCAGAUUGUAAACACUAUUGCUGGAGUAGGAGGACUCAACAUUGGCAAGGGUGCCCCAGAGAUUGCUACCGGGAGUCGGGACGGACUGGUCAAGGUGUGGGACCCCAGGCAGAAAGACCGACCUGUCAUCACAAUCGAGCCACAAGAAGGAGAGCAGGGACGUGAUUGCUGGAGUGUGGCUUUUGGGGAUGCUCACAGUGCCGAGGAGCGAACACUGUGUGCCGGCUUUGAUAAUGGAGACCUCAAGAUGUUCGACCUGCGCACCAUGGCCAUCCGCUGGGAGACAAACCUUCAGAACGGUGUCUGUUCCAUUGAGUUUGACCGCAAAGAUGUUGAAAUGAAUAAGCUCCUUGCCACAACACUCGAAUCCAAGUUCCAUGUCUUUGAUUUGCGGACAUUCCACCCAGAGAAGGGUUUUGCACGCCUAUCUGACCAAGGCCAUAAGUCAACUGUGUGGUGUGGAAGACACUUACCACAAAACAGGGAAGUUUUUGCCACCACUGGAGGCAAUGGUUCUGUGAUGCUAUGGAAGUACUCUUAUCCCGAGUCACGGGUUAAGAAGCUCAGUGACGGCUCUACAGAGGGUGUGGCAGGGAAGGUUGUGCCUCUACAAAAUGCCACACUUGCCACUCAGCCCAUCACAAGUUUCUCCUGGAGUCCUGAUAAAACAGGACUCAGUGUUUGCUCAGGGCUUGAUCAAGCCAUCAGGGUUGUUAUUGUUACUAAGCUUAAUGUGUUGUAGACCCAAUCACUGAGUUACAGCAGAUUGUUCCCUCCACACUGCUUUGUGGCUUGUAUUUCCCCUCCAAAUAGUAUAUACAUAAAUGUGACUGAUUAUGCUCAAGGCAAAGUUAGCAGAAAAUACAUACUUAUAAUAAGAUGACACUGUCUGUCUGAAUCGCUGUGAUAUAAAAGUAUUCCCAUGUUCUGUUGUCUGGUGGUUACUGUUUAUAGAUGUAUCCACCAUUGUCACCAUUCCUCCAUCCUUAAACCUUCCAUCUGAUGAAACUCAUGGUCCACUGCAAACCUGAGUUACUGUAUGUAUGGAUAUGUUUAUUAUGAGUAUGUUGCAUCACCAAUGAACUGUUCAUGUGCAUGUAUUAAUGCUAAAAUGCUGAUAGACAUAUUUGAAAUAUAGUACUUGCUGUUGUAAAAUUUACUUUCAGAUUACAAGGUGAUGAAUCAUCAAAUUCUGUGUAUUGAUUUCAAGUUUUAAGGUGAAUUUAUGAAAAUUUUGAUUACAAAUAACAUAUCCAUUCUUGAUGAGACAUCUUUCAGUAUUAGACUUGAACUCUGCACUUCUCAUACAAGCUGUAGACCUGUUGAGUGAAGAUUAUAUUUUUGUAUCAAAACAAAAUGCAGAGCUGCAGUGCAUCUUAUCCACUUAGCAAUGCCUUGAAAAAUGGUCAUCUAAUAGAAAUAGAAGUGCUGAUUAUGCGAGUGCCAGCCACCCACACCAGCAAGAGGCACCAUAGGAUUAGAGCUAGCUUGUACAACACUGGAUUGUCUGACUGUCCACUAUGUAGGAGAGAUAGGAAGGGUAAACAAGUGAUUGGCUAAAUUGGGAAGUUCCUUUGAACACAUUAAACAAAUUUGUUAUUAUGGAGAUUAUUUUUUGUGCAGGAAGAUAGUGCAGUAGUAAGACUUAGAAGUGUACAGAGAUUCAGGGAACUGUUGCCUUUAUUAAUGUUUAAGAAAUUCAAAUGGGAAUUUGUCAUACAUAUAACUUAGGUGAGGGCUGUGAUGCUGGAUAGUAAUUAAAAACAAACCAUGGGGGAGUAUGGCACCAACAGCCACAAGUUAAAAUGGAUGAUGGUUGGCAGGACGUGAACAACAGACCAGAGGCCUCGGCACUGAACUAAAGGAGAUUAUGGGAGUUACUACUAAGUGGACUAGCUUGGUGAUGAGAUCAAGGAGAUUGAUCUGUAUACACAUGAUAAAGAGAAUGACAAAAAAAUAAAAUAAAAUAAAAAAUCUUGGCCAGGUAAUGUUUUUUAGAUAAAAACAAGAAAAUCAGAAGCAGUUUUGAAAGCUGCCAUUGAGUGAAGGCCUGCACAUACAAGUAUGUAAAGAGCACUUUAUAAUUAUGAUGAUUUUGCUUUCUGUCAAAUUUCAGCAUCAGUAUUAUCUAGUGCCAAGAUGAGAGACAUCACUUUAAGCUCAAUGGUCUGUUUUACAAAGUGGAUGUGGAAUAAGAGAUGUCAAGCAUCACCAUUUCUCACUGAAAAGUGUGUCACACCAUUUCACAAGUGCUGAGACAAAUGGCAUUAUCAUGAGAAAUUUGUGCUGAAUCUAUUUUUUCAAUUAAUGAAUUCCAUUUGCAUUUUACUUGUAUAAAGUUAUUUUUGCAGUUUAACAGACUAACAGGUAUUAAUAUCUGUAGUUGUACUGUUUCCAUUACAACUAUUAUAGAAGCUUAAUAUACUGUAAAUAUGCACAUGUUCAUCAUUACUUGUUUACAAUGUAUUUGCUUAUUUAGAAUGAUAUUACCUUUCAGCUGGUGCUAAGUAAUACAUACCUGGGAAUCUC